AUGUCAGUUGGUGCCCGUCCCAUGUCAGUUGGUGCCCGUCCCAUGUCAGUUGGUGCCCGUCCCAUGUCAGUUGGUGCCCGUCCCAUGUCAGUUGGUGCCCGUCCCAUGUCAGUUGGUGCCCGUCCCAUGUCAGUUGGUGCCCGUCCCAUGUCAGUUGGUGCCCGUCCCAUGUCAGUUGGUGCCCGUCCCAUGUCAGUUGGUGCCCAUCCCAUGUCAGUUGGUGCCCGUCCCAUGUCACAAUUGGUUAUUUCGAAGAGUUCAAUGACCUAUAAAGACUGGGUUUCGCCCGACGUACCUAUUUACAUGCAGCUGUGGUUCUGGGAUGUGAAAAACCCUGACGAAAUCCUAGCGGGUGAACUCCCACAUUUCGUCGAAAAAGGUCCAUAUACAUACAGGGAAUACCGUGAUAAGUUUGACAUCGUAUGGAACUCAAAUGGUACAGUUUCGUAUAGAAACAAAGUAGUCUUCACAUUUGAACCAACGAUGUCUGUUGGUUCGGAAGACGACAUGAUAACCACACUUAAUAUCCCACUUAUGUCAGUUGGCCUGAAACUUGAGAUGAUGAACAUUGUCGGUAUCGGACAGUGGUUAGUCGAUCUAUUAUUCAACUCGCUUGACGCAACAGUGUUUUAUCAACGCUCAGUUAAAGAAUUAACAUGGGGUUACCAGGACCCAACACUUAAAUUAUUAAAAGGUCUGGCACCUGAUCAGGUCCCAAGUGACGUCUUUGGAAUCUUUAUGAACAAAAAUAAUUCUAAUGACGGUGUAUACACAGUGUUCACUGGUGAAACUGAUAUCAAGAAAUUGAAUCAAAUUGAUAUGUGGAAUGGUAUUCGUAAAUUAUCACAUUGGACAACUGAACAAGCUAAUAUGAUAAACGGAACGGACGGUUCGAUGAAUGCUCCUUUUAUGGACCUCACAAAGCCACAGUUUGUAUACGCAGCAGACGCAUGUAGAUCACUGGUUGGAGUAUACGAAAAGCAUGUUUAUUUAAAAGGUAUUAAACUUGCAAGAUUCUCGGCGCCUGAAUAUGUUUUAGCAGACGCUGACACUUAUCCUCCUAAUAUUGGUUUUUGUACGCCAAAUGAAGACCACUGCUUACCAGCUGGACUCCUUAACGCCAGUGCAUGCCAACAAGGGGCUCCGGUGAUAUAUUCAUUUCCACAUUUCUUAUACGCGGAUCCGAGUAUAAUGUUACCAGACAUGUCACCAGAUAAGGAAAAACACCAGACAUAUGUUGAUACAGACCCGAUAACUGGGCUUACUAUGCGGGUAGCGAAGAGAUUACAAGUCAAUAUCCAUCUACAGCCUUUGAGUGGACUCUCACAAACAUAUGAAGUUCUGGAAAUGGUAUUUCCUAUUCUGUGGUUAAAUGAGAGCACAGAGUUGAGUGACGCCAGUGCGGCCAAAUACAGAUCCCACAUACAGACACCUCUCCUCGUCACUAAAAUAGUACCAUGGGUCUUCAUUGCUAUUGGUGUUUUGCUUAUCGUCUUGUCGUUGAUAAUGGCAAUAAGGAAUCGAAGAAAAAGCAAAUCACAUAAAGCAGAACAAUCGUCCCUGGAACUCUCCGAGCCAGUCACGCUAAACAAAUCUCAAAGAAAAAACACGACCCAAAUUCACACGGCAAUGUUCAUGGAAACUGAAAAGGCACAGCUGAUUGGUAUUAAUAUUAUUGAUGAAGAAGACAAUGAUUGGGAUUUAGUUUUCUCCCUGGAAAAAAAACAACUGUCUUAA